GGAAAAUAGAUUAUGAAGCCUACAACCUCGUCGAUUCAUAGAAAAAUCUUUACAGUCCAUUCACCCAUCCGUGCAAAGAUUAAAAUACCAAAUUUCACACUCCCCAAAACAAAAGAAGAAGAAAACAAAAGGAAUUGAAAGCUAACACAGAGCUCUCCAUAGUCACCCAUUUUCCAGAGAGAAAGACAGAAAGCUGCUUUCGUUCUUCUGAAAAGCCUGAGGAAACCAGACCCAAAUCUAUCGUUGAUUCGGAUUGUUAUUCGGAUUGGACGGAAAUGAAGCUCUCUGCAAAACCCAUGUCGAGUCCGGGUCGGACGGACAAGUUCCCGCCGCCGUUGGUGAGGUUUCUGAGGACCAACGUCGGGAGCAGAAGCAGAGCCCGGGUGCGUUCGAGCCCAAUGUUCGUGAGGAAGAAGAACACACCCGCCGUUGAAACACAAGAGCCGUCGUCUCCUAAAGUCACGUGCAUGGGGCAAGUCCGAGUCCGGAGGUCCUCCAAGCAAGGCGGUUCGCGGCCCCGGCGAGCUAGAGGAACUACCGGAGCUCCUUCCCGACGGCGAUGCAAAUGGAUCCGAACCGCCCUGUUUUCCCGCCAUUUUCCCGGGAAAAUCAAGGCCAAGUCUUUUCGACCCGUCUGGCGCAAAUGGGUACCUUUUUUCCAACUGGGUUUUUGCAGAAAGGGAGAAGUCAAAAAGGACCCACCAAAGAUUGAAUCGAAAUUUGAAGACCCAAUUGAAGGUCGUUCAGAUGGGGAAGAUUUUGGCGAAGAACAAGGAGACCAAGAAUUCGAAAGAAAGGAGAAAGCUUUCGUCGUUUCUCCUUCUUUGUCCACGCCGCCGAGGAACGCCUUGCUGUUAACCCGAUGCAGAUCUGCGCCUCACAGGUCAUCGUCUCUGGCGAGCAGAUUUUGGGGUUCGCCGGUGAGAGCCGAGGAAACAGAGGAAGAACAGAAACCCACGUCGGAAAGGCAGUCGAUUUCGGAUGAGGAAGCGAGAUUGGAGUCGGAGAGCGAAGAAAAGUUGGAAUUUUUCAGGGAAUUGGAGGGCGAAAUUCGAGAAAGAAUGGCGAAAUCGGCGAGCAUCGAAGAUAAAGACGGAGACUUCGGCGGGUCGGCUCGGCCGCUGAUACUGACGAGGUGUAAAUCGGAACCGGCGAGAACCGCGGCGGAGAAGCUCGACCCGGAGUUGGGUUUCUGGAAAACGAGAAGGUUGGGAAUUGUUGAUUCAUGCUCACCGAGUGUUUUGUAAUUAAUUAUUAGUUGUUAAUUAGUCUCAUUAGUGUUUAAUUCGUUUUUUAAUUUUUUGGUAGCUGAAUUAAUGAAAAUUUAUUGAUGAUAGUUGUCUGAUACCGUAAUUUUAUAGUGAUUAAAUAUUGAAAGUGUGUAUAUUCA